ACAGUCCAGUCAGAUGCUAUUGUCCUCAGAAAGUACAGCUUUCAGCAAACCCACUUCUUUUCAAGGUGAAAAAGACGCCUCUAAGGCUGUUUGAAAAGCCCGGUAGACAAAGGACUAAAGGAACAGGACAGUGUCUGACUGCACAAUCAUGAAUACAGAAGAAAUUUUUGUGUGUACAAAAGUAGAAAAUGAACGGUGUUGUUUUAAGUCAGUACUAAGGCAUGAUUACAUAAAGAAUAUUCAAGACCUAACCAAGGAGGAAGCAAAAAUAGCAGCUGCAGCAAAGGAAGGAGCAAUUGAAAUCCUAAAAGAUGCCUUAAAGAAGAAGGACAAAGUGCUGAUGAAAAUACCAACAAAAGUUGUUACUAAAGGGGAAGCGAAAGAGCCAUUUUGGAUGAAACGUCAUGCAAUAUUAACAGAAGAUCUAGUGAAGAAACUCCUUGUAGAACUGAAGAUAGUAAGAUUUAAGAAGGACAUUUACAAGAACAAUACCUUUGCAUAUGUAAAGCCACGUGAUGAAACAAGAACCAUUUAUUUGUGUAACUUAUUCUGGGAUGCUCCAAAGUAUCUUCAAGAAAAUUCUCAACCAGGUACCCUCAUCCAUGAAGUGUCUCACUUUCUGGGUACUGCUGACAUCGUCUAUGGCAAUUAUGAAAACCCUACCCUUCAAAUAGGCUGCAAAGGGGACAUGGUAAAAGAUGUGCACUUCAGACCUGCAUCCAGUUCAACUGCCUCUCCUGUUGAGGAAGAGGUCCACGAUGCCCUUUGGAAAGCCUUCUGGAAUGCUGAUAAUGUGGAGUAUGAGUUUGAGCGCACCAUCAACCACAAAGGAUCUUAUGAGGGUGGCAAAUACUCCUGCUGCAGGGAAACAGCAAGAUACUCGGUCUGUGAUCAGUCUGUGCCUGACUUCUUCCUCACUUGCAGAGUUGGAGAAAGGUGGGAAAUUGAACCAUUAGUAAAAGAACUAUGUCGCAGAUCAAGGAAAAUAAAAGACAAGUUGAGAGACUGUCAGAGAAUUCCAAAGGAAGUGGAAGAGUAUCCCAAAAAAGCUGAAACGUCAAGGAAUGUUGGCCUUCCUGUGGAUGUUACUAGAGGAAGAGCAGCAGACACAGGCCUCCUUCUGGCUUUUGACACAUUUACGAUUUCUUCAUCAGGGGAAGGAUAUCAAGGAAUAGCCGCAGGUGGAGCUGGUGCCAUUUCCAAGAAGAAAAUAACAACUACAGCAAUCACCAAAAUGAACCUCUUGGAGGGCAUCUUUGCUGAAUGCCAACAUUUCCUGGAUGAUGUCAGUGGAGCUAUAGCUUCCUUAAAUGAUAAAGCUGGAAUCCGGAGAGAUUUUGGCAUUCAGCGUACAAGAGGUUUGAUAAAUCUAAUGAAGGAACAAGUUGAAUCCGAGAGAGAUGAUGAGCUGAAAAUACAUAUGUACAUGGGGUAUAUGAUACAGUGUGAUAAUCUCCUGGAAAGUCUGUGCAUUAUGAGUAAAUAGAUCAACUGUUUUUAUCCAGUUAAUAUUGCUUCAGCUCUAAUCCUGCAUGGGAAGCAUAAGUAUAUCAAUGUUGGUGAAAGGGAUUUGAUACAUUGGUUUGAUGUUGCUGAAUUACGGGUGGUCUGCUUUUAAUUUCCCACCCCUUUUGUUUCCAACAUGGAGGAUUGCUGAUGGAAGCACAACAAAUAUUUGACACUGAUUUUGUUCCACUUCUACCUUUUAUCAAAACGAUUGUGGUUGGGAAGACUGGUUAUUCAUGUAAUUUGCUGAUCCCUUUCAGAAAAUCUGUUAUCAUUUCUAGGAUAAAUGAAGUGAUUGUUUUUGGAGUACCCAAAAACUUGGAGAAAUGUUAUUAAUAUGAUUUGUCAAAACCCUAUAUAGAAUGAAAACAUGAUUUUCCAAAAUGUAGUGGAGAACAGGGUUGUUGUAUGUCUUUCGGGCUGUGUGAAUGUUCAAAUCAGUUUAACUGAAUGUCUGGUAAACACAACUAUGUCUUAGAAAAAUGUUGAAUAACCAAGGCAUAGAUGAGCCAUGGGAACAAAAGGCAUUCUUCUGUCUAUAUGCAAAGAGUGGCUCUCUUAAUACGAAGAGAUCAACACAAGUAUCAAUUCAUCUGAGUUAUGGAAGAAGGCUAUUAGAUGAAAAAGAAAAGUUUCCAAGUUUGCUUUGAAUAAAUGCUGGGAAUCCCUCACAAAAA